GCUGAGUCGAACUGCUCCUAAAAUACAAAGAAAAGCGAGGAGAAACUUAAACCUUUGAAUCCAGCUCAAAUGAAUGUGUGGCUUUGCUUUUCUGUUUAUCAGUCUCACCAGGGCAACUCAGCUCCUUCAUGCGAUGACAUGGCGUUAAGGAAGUUCUUCAUGCCCUGACUAACCGCUACCAGACUGUAACCUUGCUGCUCUUCCUCCUCCUCCUCCCUGCUGUCCUUUUUCUCCUUGCUCCUCUCCUCUGUGCCCCCAGCAGGCUGUGUUUGUUUGGUGGAGCUGGACUUUUGGCUGCCAACAUCAGCUCUCCACCCACUCCUGUCCUGUAGUAUGCGCUCCAAGUCCUGAGCUGUGAUAUCCAGCCAGCUGUCACCUGGAGACGGACAACAAGAGAGACUCAUUAUGGAAAAACGGUUGAAAGAGAGAGCAGGGAUAGAAUGAGAUAUGCAAAAGAGCACACAUUGGAAGGGGGUGGCUGCAAAAAAGAAGAUUAAGGUGGCAGACACAAAUGUAAAUAGUGUUAGCUAUACAGCUCAUGUAUAGUCAUAUAAGCCUUAAUAAAGAUUAUGUAAGAAAACAAUCUAAAUAUAAGCCUUCACAAACAGACUUCACUUUAAAAAAACAGUAUAUUUGAAGGUAACUGUUUAAACAACUUUAUUCAUACAUUUAACUGAACAGGAUUACAGUCUGAGCUCAACAUUAUAAGCAUAAUAUCAGUACUGGCUAAUAAAAGCCUAAAAUAUCAAUUAUUAUCAUUGGCUAAAAUGAGUAUGAAAUCAUUUGAAUAUCAGAUAUCAGUAAAAAUCUAAUUUCAUGCAGCCCCACACUGUGCAUGUACUUAGUACGUUUCAUAACUGUAAACUGAAAAAGGUUCAAAAUCUACAUAACAGCUUCACUAUCUCCAUAUUAUACCUGAAAACCUUCUGCUGGUGCAAGUCUGCUCGAUAAAUGCUUAUACUUUUGAUAAACAAUACUGCAGGAAUGGCUUUUGUAUUUGUAUUUUUUAAGACAUUUUGACACACCUCUUAUUUAAUUUUGAAACAAAUCUGAGCACAUAAAAAUCUGCCAGAGAUAAAUCUACAUUUAUUCAUUUAUUUAUGUUGUAAUUUUGUACAAGCGCUCUCCAAGUCUUAAAGUUCUUAGUGUUGCUCUGUCAAAUCACAAAUUUUAACUUACUGUCCUCUGGGGGGAGCUGUGACUCUUGUUUCCUCAGCUCCUCCAAGUUAAAUGGUUUGCAGCUGUGCAGCAGCUGGAGCACCUCCUCACCUGGGGACAAAACACUGAGAGACGAAAUACAAUAUACAUUAGGUACAUCCAGAGAGGUGCAUUUCAAUUUCAAAGGCAUAUAAAUUUAUAAAGACACACAUGCACAGCCACACCAUCCUCACCUGGAUUUGGAGGCGACAGACUGUUUGAAAAAGUUUUCUGCAGAUCUGAAGAGCUCUCUGUAUUGAGCUGAACCCUCCAGUUCUCCCUGCAUUUGAGAACAGACAAAGCAAAAACUUGAGUUUCUUACAGCUGAGAAGAAAACAAUAUGUGCUUUUGGAUCCACUUUCACUGGAUUACUUUCUUCUGAGUCUCAUUAUUCAAACAGUAUUACUGACCCUAAAGUACUCGUUCCUCUUCAGACUGUCCAUGAAGCUUUUCCACUGUGGGUUACAACUGACGGGGGCAUCAGGCUCUGAAGAAGGCAGCCUGCAUUUGGAGCACAGGAUCUCAAAACCAUGGGCCUGGAAGCGAAACACACACACAGGCGGGGACUUAAAGUUAAGCGCUGAGCUGCAACACCCUGAUUGCAGAUGACUUUACACACUUUGCAAUACACAGAAAGCAUUAUUUGAGUCAUCUUAACUGAAAAUUAAAAGAGGAGGAAAAUAUAAUUGCUUACCAGUUUCAUGCCAAGCUCAUGGGCUUUAUACUGCGGAUGAGAGCGAGGGGGUAAGGUGAAGCCGCUCCUCCGGUCUGGGGUGAACUGUUGUUGCUGGAGUUGAGCGUAGAGGCAGCGUGUGAAUGUCACCUGGAUGGCAUAAAUACAAGAUUUUUAAGUUUGCUGACAAACAAUACGAAUGAAAAACCAGCACACAGAACGCAAUUACACUUACACACAUGGAAAUCAAAUGAGAGCAAUAUGUAAAUCCUCUGAGUGACAACAACCAUGAAUCUUUCUGUGUUUUUACCGUGGUGAGGACCCGUGUAUUAGGAGGAAAGGUCUUGAAGCUGCGACACGCCUGAAGAUCAACUGGAUCCCGCAGGUAAAAUGCAGAAACUGCAGGGGCCACCAGGUGAGGAUGCUGAGCUAACACCGUGACAAUACCUGCAGGAACGAAGCAGUGGGCGCGAUGGAGGCUGGUUUGAAUCUUCUCUGGGCACCUAAAUGGACAAAAGGAAUAAUGAAGAAUGCUUACCACAGGAUGCUCUGCAUACAAUUGCAUACAGAAAAUGUGCUUCUAUGUGUUUGUGUUUUAGUUUUAUAGCAAGUUACUGUCUAAACUUUGGGUCGUCACUUUUUGCUUUUCUCAUCUAGUGUAAAACUAGCACCAAUUCUGAGUCAUUCAAUAAAGCUUUUUUUACUUUUUAUUUCAUAUGGCACCAGACAUGGAUGUCACUAAAUUUAAGUACCCUUUGUGAGUAGGGGUAAACGCUUGCUUAUUUUUCUACAAAACAAAGGUCCUCGGGCCACAAUAUGAUGCUCCUCACCCUUCCAGUCGCUUUGUCAAGGCUGAACGAAUCUUGGGGCUUGCAGUACACACCUCUGGGUGGCUAGAGAGCAGUUCUAAAGCUUGUGUCACACUUGGUACCUCAUCUUUUGAGAUGCCUACUGAACAGGAUUUGGAGGGACAUGGGAGAAUAUGUAACUCUCCUCUGAAGAAGAAGACCUGAAAAGAGAGAAUAAUUAGGGCAACAAAGACUAUUAAUACAGACAAUGACACGAGGAAGAUAUUAAUGAACUUCUUAAAUAUCUUUAAAAGGGCGAUACCAGUGGGGUUUCAUGUUUGACACCGAAGCAAAGAUUUGUGAUAUUUUUUCACUGAUGUUAACCGGAAGAAACCAUUCAACCGUUCAACAAGGGGAUUUUAAUAUCCCAGAUUUUGAAUGUUAUGCAAACAGUGAGAGAUUAAUUUUGUGAUUACUGUUUCAAUUUUAUAGCUGGAAAAACACUGAACUAAGACCAAGUGUGGCUUAAGAAAUACGAUAUUAGUCUAGAAAUGAAGCAGACCAUUGCUAUCCUAAGCUCAUCAAAUCCAUAAGUCCAUUAAACCAACACAUUCAAAAACAAAGUAAACCUACUAUUAGAUCUAGUCAUGUGGUAGACUCACUCUGUUUUCACUGGUGUCAGGAUUCAGCCACUUUGGAAGGUAAUCUGCUGCUUCAAUCAGAAGAAACUCUCCAUCAUUGUCCUCAACCCUUCAUAUACAAAGUAGAAAUCAGAAGCAGGUAAAACAACCAAAUCACACUUUUGCAUUUUAACGUAACUAUAAAAUCUUGGUUUUCUUCUUUUCUCCAUUUGUGUUAAAGCAUGAAAACUCAAGCCGGUUUGUCUCACCUGGCUGCAAGUUCUGGGAAAGCUUCUGUGAUUUGCUUUAAGAGAUACACAAUAAACCACUCAUCCUCUAUAUUGUCCCCAAACUGAGAACUCCCUCCAAUGUGAGCUGGGACACCACCUGUAAAUGCAAAAUAACAUAAAUGUAUGCAGCAGGUAUGACUAAAUAUCCCAAAUAUUUAUACUGAUUUGUACCAAUACCUUUCUCAGGAUGAUACUUGAGGUUGAAGGGCUGAUGUUGCCAAAUAUACUGUAUUAAGAGGGGGGCAACUUUGGCCAGAAUCUCAUCCACUAGAUGUGUAAGAAGCUCCUCUGUCUGCUGUGUAGUUAAAUCAUCUGGUUUGACCAAGAAGAGUUUGUACUGAACCAUGUCCUCCUGAAUCACUCUCCUCUGCAGGGCGUCCAUUAUGGUAUGUUUUCGAGAAAUGACUGAAAAUAGACGACAUGUCAUGGUUAUACAUCAGACACACUAUGCUCUGGGUUGCUGUUAUAGUUUAUCCUCCCACCGAACAUUUUUGGUCUGAAAGAGGCCUAGACGACUGGUCUAAAAUCAGGCUACCACAGGUCUAAAAAUGAAAUUUUUUUAGCUGUCUAAAUUUAGACCAGGUUUAGACCAUGACUAAAUCUGAGCUAUAUCUAUACUACACUGUAUAUUGCUCAAAGGCUGUCAUGAUUAUUUUGGUAAAGUACUUGGAGAUCAGUUAUGCAACUCACACUUGCUUUUUAAAAUAAGUAGUUAUCGAAUAAUGGGUUGAAGUGCAAUUUCUAAAUUCCGUCUAAUACACAGAAUCUAGACGGUUGAAAUUAGGUUUAAAAAAAAAAAAGAACCAGACAUCUUAUGGCCGUCUAUUGCUCAGUCGGUUUGUACUGCCUGUAAAUUCAACUAAAGACAGACCAAAGCAUUUGCUGACGGCUCAGUUCAGUAACCAAUUCAAUUCCUCCACGAUUUUUUUUUAUGCCGAUCCGAUUUAAAUUGCGAUUCUACGAUAUUGUCGAUUUUUAGUCCGCAUUUUUAACACCAGUAAAACAGUUGAAUGAUUAUGAUUGUCUACUGACUUGUCCAGGAACCAUAUUUCGCCAAAAUACACAAGUAUUGUAAGUCAGUUUUAAGAUUUAUUCUUAAAUUAGAAAUUUGAACGCAAAAAUCAAUUUAAAUAUUGUAAAACAAAAAAUCGCGAUAAUUAUUUGUUUUACAAUUUUUUCUCCCACCCCUUUGUAACCAACUGCUCACAAUAUGAAAUCAAUAUUAAAGGUAAUCUCGAUCAAACAUACCUUGUCUUCUGUAUAUUCAACACGUUGGUUUCAUGUGGUCAAAACAGGAUUAUCGACUAGAAAAAGGAAACUUCCAUCAUUUGUGAGCUGUACGUUUCUAUCACGCCGCCUGUCACUGUUUGGUUCCCUCACGAAAUUCCACUCGACUAUGAACCCGUGGUGAUAACAAUAGUUCCGACAGACGUAGCAAGCAAUAAUCGCCACGUGUAAAAUAUAUAAUAAAAUGAGCCACAAUUAACGACUAUUUUAUAAAAGUCGUCUCAGUAGAAGCAAAAUACACAUUUUUAAUUGCAGACCGUACUAUUUAUACCAUCAUCUACUGACGACAAACGGACACAUUUCCAGAGGUAAUCACGCUGUGGCAAUGGCUGCUGGGACUUGUAGUAGUACUACCUAUUCAGUCACGACUUUUUUAAGGCAGUCAGAAAUCAAUUCCCCAUGAGCCCAUGGGGGUGCGAAGCAGCGUAUCCAUGACAGCCGUGUUAUUGUUGUUGGUGCUGCUAGCUGUAGCAUAGAAAAUCCCUCGAGUUGACGUUGGCUAGCCCAACUAACGUUGCACACAGUUGUUCUACUUUAAGAUUUUAACAUAAUUCAGGAGCAUUAUUAGGAGCACGUUUCUUAUUAAUGUAGCAGGUUCAAAUCGUCUUAUGAUGUGGUACGAUGACUUGACCAAUGCCGUUCUUGCCUUAUUGAUGUUUAAUCCGUCUGAUAUUGGAACUAGCUAGCCACUUGUAGCCUCCUCCUUCUUCUUCUAAAAUUAGCUCCAGCGACCAGAAGCAACAUUAGCACCUGCAGCCUUUGUCUGAGGGGGGUAUUUUCAUCCGCACACUGGAGGAAAUGUCAGACCUUCCUCCAAACUCUUCCCAGGGAGCCCAGGACGUGGAUGCGAGAAUGAGAGACGAAGGUUUGAGACGAUAAACUGAGACCAAGGAAAUGAUUUCACGAUACAACAGGAGACCUGUAUCACACAAACUUGAGAUGUGAGUAUUGGACAUGAAGACUGCUUCAGAUGAUAUUGUAGAGUUAUAUUUUUAUUGCUCCAGACUGUCCAUCUGUUAUAUCAAGAUCCAUUAACUGGCUUAGACUGAUACAAUUUAGUGUUAAAAUCCAAGUGAGCCUCAUCGAAGGGACAUAAUAUUGUUAUAUUGUAUGUUACAAAUGUUCAGCUUUAAAUAUAUUAUAUAUCAUAGGUGGUAUAAAGGCUAUGUCAGAGGAAUAAGAUGAAAAAAGACCACAUAUGAAUAUAUAACAUCAUCAUCAUUUCCAUACUUUGUAGGUGGAUUGUACCACCACAUCCUCUCUGUGUGGGGUUUCUGGGGCAGCUUAAGACUGUGCCAAAGACAGACAGAGCUCACUGUGAGUCUACAUCCACAGGAAGAUGUUCAGGGGUGUAUUGUUAUACAGAAUCCAUUUAGAUUAAGGCAAGACCAGUAGAUGUCUGUAUCCACUGAGGAUGAUAAGAGUCUAAUCAGAGCCUAAAGAACAUUGGUAAUUGGUAAUCACUCAGUUUAUUUGAAUAUAUUUUGGUUAUUUAUACUCUUGCUGUUCUGUAAUAUCUUAUUUAUUUCUUAAUUUUAUAUCUAAAAUAUUUAAAGUUUAAUGCAUGGGUUUGCUAGAUGUCAUAUUUCUUGUUUUUUCUGUUUAUGUUACAGUUUUAACUUUAACAGCAUUACAUAGAGCUUAGAAUUGCUCUUUGUUUAAAUGCUGCUUUACACAUAAACUUGUCUGUUUGAGCUAUUUAUUUGUUUAGUGCUGUUAAAUAAUUUCAUUAUUUUUAGAUUUUUGUUAGUAUUCCUAGUCUAUCAUUUGUUAUUUUAUUUAGUAUUUGUGUUUUGUUUCAUUUGGGUGCAUUUGCGGAGCACCUGAAGUCAUAUAGGUAGGUUGCCGGUAGGGGACCAGCACGCACCUGGGUUGGCUAAUGUUUUUUACCAGAGCGGGAGAGACAAGGAAUUUUUCUAUGUUCUUUGUUUGCUUGCUUUUUGGUUAAAUAAACCACGUUUUUCUUUGAGCUUGAAUUUUGCUUGGACGUUAAGUUUUUCCCACCCGCCUACAAUACAGCCCAUGGUGCAAAAGUAGCGUUUGAUUCGUUUAAUUUGAAGUUUGAUUUGAAACUUUUGUUUGGUUGACAAACGGCUACUACAUUGUCUUUCCUUUAUGUUUUUACAGGUGAACCUGUUUUUACACAUUAUGCUUGCAAAUUCACUUUCGAUGUCAUUCAUUCAUUAUUAUUUUUCUAUUUUGGUUUUCUUGCACGCAGUCGUGGGUUAUCUCGAAGCAGCCUUGACCACCACCCUCUCCCAGAGGAGGCAGAUGAUAACCAAACCCCUCAGCGCUACCUGCAUGACCUCCAGGAAGCUGUCUCUGCUCACAACAGGUAACCUAGUCCUGGUGAAGAAACCCUUGACAUGCUGAAAGAAGGCAAAGAUCAAACUACCAGCACCCAAACAUACUCCUGUCUGUAUGAUUUGUAAAGUGACACCAUCUGGAGUGGAUGCUUGAUCCUCAGAGCUCCCGCCAUGUGAAAUGAGACACCAAGAAGCAGUGGAUUAAUUGAUAUCACAUUGCCUCCUUCAGAUGUGCAGUUAAAAGAAUAAAUAAUGAGGUAGCCUGUUAGAAUAUUGAAUCACUUUGACAUUUGCCCUUUACUUCCACUUUGAAAUUCUGCCUUUGAUAAUGUCAGCAACAGCCACCACAUUUCCUACAACAGAGACCCUGUGAAUCCCUAUAAACAUGUGCUAUAAGCUAUAUCUCCUUCACAGUUUACCACAGGACAUAACCCUGACAUACUCUCUCUCCUUUUUUUUUGCAGCUCUGAUACAUCUGCUGCCUCCGGCCACUCAGACUGUCCCACUGUCAUCUCAGUAGAUUCCAGCCAGUCCUGGUCAGGUAUCCACAGCUCUACAGGCACUGGCAUCUCUACAGAGAGAAGCUCUGUUUUCUCCUGGGGUUAUGAUGUAAGUCUUCCACUGAAACUGCUGUUUUAAUAUAAAAUUAUACACAAGUUUUUCACCUUAUCUCCUAUAGUGUUGCAGACCUAAAUAGGAGACCCACAGGGCAAACUUUUGUGCAUGUCUCAUCAUCAAAUUUUGAAUUCUUUUCUAAGAUAUGUCACCCUUUGGCAACCAAGAGGAAAACCAUAGACCAUCACUGUUUGGUGGAAGGCCUAUUUGUCUGCAGCUUCUUAUGAUAUUCUGUCCCUUUGGGUAUUGCUUUGUUCUUAUGCUGCGCUUUCUUGCCUCAGCUGGUCGACCAGCCUCUUUCUGAUUCAGUGAUUGAUCAAGUUUGGUGCCCACAAGCUGCUUCUGAAACAUAAAAAACUAAGAUAGUCAUUUACACAAACUAACUUGCUUAUUUUGAUGCCACAGAAGAAUGUCCAGCUUGACCACAAACACAUAGAAACAUCCCAAGAGUCUGUUGGGGCUGAUUAUUAUGCACGAUGAAGGUUGUGGUUAGAAACAGACUGAAAAGCAGCAACUUUCAGUUACAGAGUUGGAGUGUUGAAAGAAAGGAAUGACAAGCUUUUCUCCUUGUGUUUCCUUCUCUUUGUUUUUUUUUUCCUUUUUUUUUUUUUGUCUCACAGGAGUUUGACAAAGCAGCGUCACGGCAGGUGCAGCAAAUGUUUGAGGAGAUCGACAAAGAGCUUUACGAGGGAAGAGGCAGCGGAGGAGGGAUACUCCAGGGGCUGCAGGAUGAAUGUCAGCAGUGGGCCACACGUUUUCCUCAUCUCCGGUAUGUUAUCCAAAGUUUCCUCUCCUUUAACUUUCUGUGUGAAACAGGGCAGUCGUGGGAUCAAACAUAAAUUCUAAUUGUGGAAAUAAGUCUGUAUGAAAACAAUUCUUUUGCCCACUUAAUGAUUGUUUGUCUCUUAGGAUUCUUGGGACCCAGCUGGUGUGUCCCAGUGAUGAGGGCUUCCAGUGGUACACUACUCCAGGUGUAAUUAGCUCUUCCAGCAGCUCAUCAGCAGGCAAAGAGAGCAGUGGGAAGUCUCAAGAGAAUGAUAAAGGGGGCACAGAGUAAGUCUUAACUGCACUAAUUGAUUGGUAGACUGACUGACUCAAGUUAAAAUUCACCUUUUAGAUACCGUCUCCUUUCCUUUAGUUUCAUUGCAGUGCAAAAAAAUCAUGUCGUUCACAAAGUGACAAGGUAGCUAAAUUUGUCCAAUCCACAGAUCAAAACAUAAAGACUGUUCAUCUACUACCACAAACUUGGAUACAUAGAAAAUCUUUAUUUCUAGAAGCUGCAGCCAGAAUACGUUUGAUACUUUUACUAAAAAAAAUUCUGCGCUGAUAAAUAGGUCGCCAAGACUUUUGACAUAAAAUUUUUGAUUCAUUUAUACCAAUCCCUGCAGCUGUGGCUUGUUUUUUUUUCAACCAUUGCAAAUGCAUCCAUGUGUUGCUUUAUUGAUUGCAGAAUUUGGCUGAAAAUAUUAGGUCUCUCUCUUUUGAAAGGCUGUAGGCAGGCUGUCCAGAAGACCGGGGUUGAUGCAUUAAUUAUGAAGGAGUCUGUGGUUUUGUGACCUAGAUGCUUUGGUUUCUUAAUGAAGUUUAUAGGCCAGGGUUAGCCAUCAGAGAUAAAGUCAAGACUGCCACUUUUCAUGGUAGACUGGUUAUAACAAGACAGUGCUAAUAUCUUACUGCUUACGUCUGAGUAGACAUGAUAAAGUUGCUGAAAAAUCAAAAGGAAAAUGCCUCAGGUAUAUGUGGCUGGAUUUUUGUAUAUUCAUGAGAUAAGGGAAAAUCAACAGCAUCUGUGUGUUUUUGACUUAACUUCACGUUCCCCUGUGUUGGGUUACAGGCUGAAUGUUCAGGGACGGAAGGCAGCACUCACCAAGUCCUCUUCAGCAGAGAUGGAAGAGACUCUGGACACAUCCAGCAGCCAUGACAAGCCAAGAGUAAUUGAAGUAGAAGGCCAGAUGGAGGAAUACCUGGCUUAUGAUAGCAGGGAUUUGUGAGUUGCUCACUUUCCCUCAGCUACACAUUGAUGUGCUUAGCCUAGCUUAACCUGAGCUGCUGUCAGUUUUGUUCAGAUAAUCUUCUAUAUUUCUCUUCCACAGGGAGGAAGAGUGGGAACAGGACAGUCUUGUGUCAGGUCGAAGGCAUCACCGUAUGCCCCCUGUUUCACCACACCGGUGUCGCCGCCAAGCAGUUCUGGACCUGCUGUUUGAUGAUGUGUGGCAGCAGCUUGUUGGCUGGAUGAAAGAGCUGGUUCAACGCCACUGGGAAUGCUGCGCCUCAAGUAGAGAUUAACACACCUCAUUUGCACCCGCUGCACCUAAUUCAGUUGAUCACAUGUGGAUUCUUGAGCAUGGUAUUUGAUUGAUUGAUUCUAUCUUUGAAUUUCCAGAUGAUGAAAAGAUUUCUGGGAACUUAAGCCCUGUGCAACAAGACUCCCAGAACCCCUUCAUGCUGCUCUCCAUGCUGCCCACAAUGCUGCCAAAACCAGGCCAGAGCAGGGUGCCCCCCCUCACGGCUAGCCUGCACAUCCAGGUCAGUGGGUUGAGGGGUGGUUGGGUUUCACUCAGAGAGAAGACUAACCUAAAUUGUAGUUCAGGACAUCAAUUCAGGGCUUCACAUCCAGUUUAUUUUCUUUUUGAAAAUGUGCUUUUUACUGCUGAAUGACACAUUCAGCAAAGGUGACAGUGGUUUUUAUACAACAGAAGUUUAUAGCAUGAUAAAAAAAACUGUUUUUAGGUGUGUAACAUAUUUAAUUUUUAUACACACUGUACGGGAGGGGGUUGUUUUUUAUUGUCCGCCUGUUUGGAUAAUACCAAAGAUGAUAACAUCUUUUCAGCAUCUUUAAAUGUUCCACUUUACACCCGAUUGUCACCUUUCCCCUCCUCCUGCCUACUGCUCUUUCAGUCUUUCCAUGCCUCUGGUUCAUUAACUUGUAUCACUGUUUUCUUCCCUCCCCUUUCCACUCCACUGCCCUUCACUUUUAAUGUGUGUUUUCUUUACUUCCCUUCCCUUUCAUACUGUUUAUUCUUUAUUUCUCUGUUCUUUUUUUGCCUUUUUCUUCCCACGUUCUUCUUUGGGUCAUGACCUUUUCCCUCUUUAAGAACACAAAGUCAAAGGGCUCAAAGCACAAGACCAGACGGAAAUCCAAAAAGCAGAAAAGGCCUUCCAGUGUAUGUAACUCCUCAUGUAGAGCCAAAAUGUUGUUCUUAGAAUAAACGUGCUUGUGCCUGUUGAAUAACAUGAAGUAUCAUCCCUUUAUCUUUUUAAUAAGUGCAGAUUUUCUUUUGUUUUCUGUAGACUUUUCCUUAUUUUCACAUAGAGAAUGUUGGAAUGCUGUGUUUUCCUACUACUGCUUGUGUUGCACCUAAAGUGACAUUAAUAUUUCUUUUGGUUGGGGGCUAAGAUGGUAUGCGGUCCUUCUGAAUGCAUGAUAUUGAGCACAGACUGUCUUGUAGAUAAAGAAUGAGCAUAUGGCAUCUGAUACUUUGUGUAUAUUAUGUCUUUUCCCCUCUCUUGUCUUCUCUUGUUCUUAAACUCUUAAUCAUUGUCAACUUUUCGCCUGUUCUUAUCUUUGCUCCUCUUUUCCCAUCUCACCACUUCCUCCUUUACCUCUCAUACUCUCAACCAGACUGGCCGGGCACCAGUAGGAACCGCAGCCACCCAGCACAACCUGAACGACCUCAUUGUGAUCCACAGCAUGCCCCUGCAGCAGAGGAACCUGGGAGUGCUGGACAGAAACCAGUACGGACACAUUUUACAUAAUUGCAAAUAGAGAAAAAAGCAAAAUCACAUUUAGCAAACAAUGGUGCAUUCUUGAUGAAAGAUUUUAAUCCUUGAAUGGGACCAAAAUGUGGCACUGAUGUCCUGUAAACCAAGUCAACACAGUCCAUGUAACAAGAAGCCUAGCCUCCUAGUUCCUGGUUCCUAACACCUUGAUUGGCAGAGUAAUUUGGCAACAGUUGAAAAUGCACCAUUCAUCGAUUGUGCUCCUCAAUUCCUGCACAGGGAGCCAGAAGAGCGGGCGUCCCACAGACCUGGCUCCAGCAUAGGCCCCUCCAGCAAACCUCGUCCUCGCAAAACCCUUGAGCAGAGCACCGCCUCCCUAUCCCGCCUGGCGCUGUCUGCCCAACGCAGAAACCCUCAUCCCCGAAACCUCCUGCCACUGGUUCCCAGCCUGAGCCAAUCCAUCGCCGCUGGAUCCAUGGACGAGGUCGUCCGCGGGACACGUUUGUGAGUUUAGCAUUAUUAGAGACCUCUGCCGACUCCACCCAAACAUAAGUCCCACUUUUGAUACUCUCUUAUUUUCCCUGUGGUCUCAGAAUUUUCCUUGAGGUAGAGUUAGAUAACUUUGAAACAGACGUGCUUUCAGCUCGUGCCUCAUGGCUGUGUGCUGCAGAGUUAUGAUGGAGGUGUCAUGUAUGAAACCAACUUCACAGGUGAACUUCUCAUGAACUGCAGGGAAAGAGGCUAAUUAUGUGAAAUGUGUCACAAUGUUUUGGAGUUUAUGGGAAUGUCAAGUCUUCUGUGGAAUACUACCGACGAGGAAAAGAAAGUGUUCAAAAAGUGGGCUUUUGAUUUUAGUUUACUUUUCAGUCAUGCCAGUGAGACUCAAGUUUAGGAAGUUGUUUAGCCUGGUUAGGAAAUAGUGGGGCACAUUGAACUUGAAACUACAACUUACUUUUUUCAGUUUUUGCAAGGAUCAAACACCCAAGACAGAACUUUGAAACUAAAUAAACUUUUUAAAGGUACUCUGGGUACUCUUAUGAGGAAUUUUUUGACCUCUCUGAAAUAGGCUUACAUUCAUAUUGAUGCCUUUUUAUGAUAUCCAAGAGCAAACAAGACCAUCAGGGACGAGAUUUGCAAUUUGUGUUUUUAUACAGAACCACCGCCAGCGACCACAUGACAUCUUCACUCUCCCCAAUGAGAAGGAACACACUACUCCCCCCCAUCAGUGCUGGAGAACCAGACUCAUCACAGUUAGGGCAGAGAUCAAAAGCUGGACAGGUAUGUUAACACCUAUGAAAUACAGCUACACUGAAAGUGAAGCUUUUCAAACUGUUUGAAGAAACCUGUAUCGGUUCAUACUUUUACCAGCGUCAGAGAGGCACAUCCAGCCGUGCCCACAGUGCUAUAAAUGACAAAGCUGGCAGCUCCAUACCGAGGGAUCGUCACCACCUGCUGGACGUCAUCUCUCGACCAAAUACCACUCACACAUACAGGGUAAGAUGCUCCUCGUGAACUUGGAAAUGCAAAAUACUAUCAAGCUAUCUUUGUAUGUUUGUAGUUAUGUUUUGUCAGUGAGUGAGUACAUACAAUCUUUGAAUGCCAGAGGUGGUAUGUUUAACUCUUUGUUUUGUUUUCAGUCAGACACUCCCUACCGCCGGUCCUUCACAGUAUUGGACAACAUUGGGCAGGGACGUCCAGGCAGAGCCUCUGUAGCUGCAGGUCAGCACGAUAAGAUUGGCUAAUAUCUUAGCAGCACGAUAAGCUAUGAUAGUGGAUAUAUUUAUUUUUCUCUGCGAUGAUGUGUGCACAAAUCUUUUUAAAUUAAGUGCCUGGUUGUCCAGUGUUGUACUCAAAUUAUCAUUUAUUCCACUAGAUUCUCUUGGAAUUGGUGUGACCGGUAUCAGUCUUGGCAUCAGCAGCUCAUCUUUCUUGGACUCAUACUCCCAUCACCCUUUGGGCCAUUUGCCCAUCAAAGAUGAAGAGGAACCAGACACGCAAGCCCCUGUCCCAGGUCAGUAGAUCAAAGAGGCUGUUGAAACUCUGCCAGGCCUGGUCUUGGAUCAAAUAUAAAUGAAAGGAAAAUCUUUUUUUUUUCAUGUCUGGAUUUCAAUAUGUUCAUUUCAUACAUUUAACCCCGUCCUCUAUCCCAUAGCCGCUCUGGUGCCUGUGUCCAUCCCCACUCGGUCUUAUUCCCGCGGAGGGAUAUCAUCCAGAGCAAAGAGACCUGGUUUGUAGUUUGGACUCAUCUGCCAGUCACCUUUAUAUGGCUCAACAAAGCGCUCCUCUGUUGCAUCUGUGCCCACAGAUUUUUUUUUAAAUUUUACAGAAGUAGCAGAUUUUUUCAUAUCAUGCUGCUUUGGUGAAGUUUUUGUCAGAGGAGUUUUUGUAUUUUUAAUAAAUCAGCUAAUUCAGCUGCCAAUCACAAAUAACCAACAUGUAACACUGACUCCAUCAUUAUGUACAGUUUGAGUUUAUGGGUGGAUGUUGGUACAAUGUUUGUAUGAUCUGAAUGUGUACAUAUCUUAUUUAUAUAUAUACAUGAAUGUACUGUAUAUUAUCCUCUGUGGUGUGUUGUUGUGCUCAUAAAUACCUAUGCAGGGAAUAACACAUCCACCCAGACAGGGAUAUAAAGGACAUAAAGCGCACUUUUCCCCCUCUGGUAUUGCAACAGAGGGUUUGGUACUGUAUCUUUUUUAAGGGACACACAUACUCAAGCACCCUGAGUAAAAAAUAAACUGGCCUAAAGCCUUUCAUUGCAUAGAAUUGCACAUUGAAACAAGAACAGAUGCCAUCUUGUAGGUUUUUUUCCCCCAUUAAAUACAACCCCAAUUCCAAAAACAUAGGGAUGCUGGUUAAAGCAUUGAUAGAUUGUCAUUGACAGAUUUCAAUGGUUUUCAAGUCAGUUUGUGUAUAUCUAUAUGUAUAUUAUAAAAAGUAUAUUUAAUUGAGCAUGUUGCAAAGGCAGCAGGUCAGAUGUUGAAACAGAAAACUGGAGACGUUUUAGGAGAAAGACACAAUAGAUGUUCAUAAAGCCCAUUUUAGAUGAACUGAGGCAAAGUGGAAAAAUUACUUUGGUCUGAUGGAUCAAUAUGGCAUCCUUAUAAAGAGGAGAGGGACCACCUGACUUAGUAUCAGUGCACACUGGUAUUGGUAGCUGACACAAUAUGAAUGAAUAUGAAUACUGGGCUUUUUAUGGCUACAUUAUACAGUAUCCCAACUUUUUUUGGAAAUGGGGUGACAAGCAGAGGGGAUCUGAUGCUGUAAAAGCACUGACAGAACUUUGCAGCUCAUUACACCUCAUUUUGUGUAAUUUGUAAGAUGCAAUCAUUAGGAGCUGUAAAUAAGAGUCAAAGUCAUUCUAUCUAUUAAGAAUAAUGUAUUGUUGGUCAUGUUUCCUCCUUACUGAAAUGAAGCCAAGCAGGGUUGCUUUGACAAGUGGCAUCAGGGUAGUUUUUCCUUCAUUUCUUUUUAGAAUCAAUUAUCAGAAGCCAUGCUACAGAGGUGACAAAGCUUGAAACUGGAAGCUUUUCUUCAAUGCAUUUUCUCUGAUUCUUUUGUACAGAAAACAAUAAAAGUAAUUUUACAAACAAAA